AUGCCAGUGACUUUUUCACCUUCACCAACGCUCGCAAAGUCGGCCUCCGUCUCGGGGGUCACGGCGUCACAAAUACUCAAACACACACUCUCUUCAACUCACUAUUACCAACACGUCGAUGGAAUUAAGCAGUGUCUUAUCGGUGGACGCGCUGGACGGUCUCCUCAACACAAGAUCGCAUUCGCAGAACGACGCAAUGGUUUUGUUGACACAGUUCUGGCUGCUUAUAGCGAAAGCCAUGCUCUGGUUGUUCGACCAGACGAUGUUUGGUUGGCUAUCAUCAGCCAGUUCGCUUUUUUCCUUGGUGGGAGCGACAGCGAAGGGGCAAAAGCACGAAGAGACAAUUUCGUCACGGAGCCGAGAGAACAUGAAAUAUGCUCAUCCACAACCGACCUACGCGGCUUAUCCAAAGUGAUGGGCGAUAUUCUUGGACACAACCUCGUCAAUCCCACUCUCGAAAAGUGGAUCGUACCCGAUUUCUCAACCACCACCCAGUGUGAUGUAACGGUCGCCUCGAUUCUCGUGCUCACAACUCUCACCAAACCAUCUUCAUCUUCAUCAGAGCUUCAUAUCAACGUCAAAGGCGGUAUUCCUCGUGUCACCCUCGAGGGUGAGAAGAAGGAUUGGGAGGAGGUGCUUGGAAGGCUAGAGAAGUUGAAGGAGUUCAGUCUCAAAACGAUUGCGUGGUAUCACAUCUUGCAACCCGUCAUCGAACAAUUCAUCGCUGGGUUCGACAACGCAUCGAGUCCAGAAAAUCGGGAAUUUUGGGACACCGUCCUCUUCAAAGGCAAAGGGACUGAUCUUUCUGGAUGGAUCGCUGCAUUUUGCAUAUUCUCUGAAGAGGGUAAAUGGCGUGGACCAACCCUGGGAAAGCCCAAAGGCAAAGCUGCGGCGGAAACUCUGGGCUCCAAGCGAUUUUGGACGACCUACAACAACAAAUUUGCCAAGAACGGACCAGAGUACCCCACUAUCGCCAUCUCCUCUAUUCCCCCUUCAUUUGGAGAGCUCCCAGUUGUUCUUGCGGCUACUCCCAACGACAACGAUGACCAAAAGAUUCAAUCAACAAUUGUUGCGGGUUUGGUCGGGCUUGGAAUUUCGUCAAGUCGUGAUACGGCACUGUCUGAAAGCGGGAGGAACGACAGUGUUAGGCCGGUCGUUGCAUGGUGGAUAUAUGCGCGACUAAAUGAAGAAAGCAAGAGAAGACGGGAAAAGGAUAGAGAAUCUCGUAAGAGGAAGGAGGUGGUUAUCGCUGAGCCAGCCAUCUAUGAACCCAGCACCCAGCCACCGGUUGAAACUGAGCAGCCUAUCAUGCUCAAUUUAUCGGAACCAGUCAUCAUUCCUGAGGCAGAGCGUAUCCCUACGCCCGAGCCUGUUGUCGAACAAUCCAUCCCACCAGAACCUGUUCACACGCCCCAACCCCCACCAGAACCAGAACCAGAGCUAGAGCCAGAGCCCGAACCCGAACCUGCCGUAGUUCAAACGACUGUAAAAGGAAAGAAAGGUAAAAAGGGUAAGAAAGCCGUGGUCUCCAAUGCUGUCGAGCCAGAAAUCCCAGUCCGUGCCCCAACUCCGCCGCCACCCAUUCCGACUCCAUCAAUUCCAGUCCGUACUCCAACUCCACCACGAAUGGCAACACCGCGAGUACCAACACCGCCUCCUGAGCCAGAACCCGCCUCUACUUGGGGAUUUGGAUUCGGGUCAAAGUCAAAGCAAGAGAAAAAACCAGCGGGAACAUCGGCAGGGUUUGGGUUUGGCUCUGGCUUUGCCUCUACCUUGGGCUCCAGCUUCGGGUUUGGCAUGUCCACUUCGAGUACUCCCGCCGAAGAAAAAGUGGCUCAGACAACCACGUCUGCGUUCGGCUUCGGCAUUGGCUCUGGUUUCGGCUCUGAUACACCUAACCCGGCUGUGGACAAUAUUGACUCUUCGCAUCAUUCACCAGCGAAUGAAUUUAAGCAAUUGGACGAUUACAAUGAACCAAUAACUGCCGACGGGCAAAAUACUGGAGAUUCAUGGGGGCUUGAUGAACCGGUCACUGAUCGGCCACAAGCAACGAAUGGCAUGGAACCGUCCAUCAGUUUUAACCCAUCCCGUUUGUCGUUCACCUGGGAUGAUACUGGUAACACGCAAGCGCAAGAAGCGGCGAAUUGGGACUCGUUGGGGCAAACAAGUGGUGCUGGUGCUGAUGCAGGAGAGACUGGAUUAGACCCCGCAGCUUUGAACGACGCCCAGCCAGUUAAUGAGAUUGGUGGGGAAGAGAAUAAGGAUAAGGCGGACGAAUCGGGGAGCAAAACGAAUGAUCAGACGAACAUAGAAGAUGAAUCAGCAAAUGCGAAAGCAGAUGGCGAGGCGGAAACCAAGGUGGAAGAGACGCCAGCACCUCCACAGGCUGAAGAGGACGCAGGCUGGGGGGUGCCUGUAACAUCGAAGAAGGGAGGAGGAAAGAAAAAGAAAAAGGGCAAGUCAUGA